AUGGUCGAAGAAAGAGCUGUGACGUGCAGCUGCUUCCUCCCGCUGUAUUUUGGGUUUUUCCCUCCAACGUUCCGUGGGGUGCGCUACCUGGACGGGGAGCUGGCCAUGUGGAGAGCCGACUUUGUGUCCCGCACCACCAUCACCAUCUCUGCCUUCGCCGGCGAAUACGACAUCUGCCCCAAGGAUUGCCCCGCUGCCUUCCUGACCUUCCAGCUCUCUGACUGUAUCUUCCAGUUCUCAAAAAUGAACAUCUGCCGCUUAUUGUAUGUUUUUCGGCCUCCCCUGCAUCAGGUCAUGGACCGCUUUUAUAUCGAGGGCUACCAGGACACAAUCUCCUUCCUAAAAAGACUCAGGGAUUUCCAGGUGAAUUACUUCGAGGGCUUCACACUUUCCUUGGCCCACGAGGAAACCCUGCACCUGAAGCCACAACUGAGGGGUCUUCACUCCAGAGCCACAGAUCAUGAGGAUGACCCCAAAGAGAAUCCAGGGAUCCGCCAGGCAGAGGAUGGAGAAGAAUAG